AUGCAGAAAUCGUUAAAUUGCACUCUACAGACUUUGAACGACACGUUGCAGCGAAUGAGCACGCAAGAAGAGCGUUAUCAAGUCGUACUAAGUCAGCUCCAUUUUGAUAUGGCCGAAUUAAAAACCUCGGCGUACAAACUGGCAGAGGAGAAUCUGGUCCUUCGAGCUCAGACAAUUGAACAGCACUUGUUUCUUAUGGUGGUUGAGGUGAUUGUCAUAGCAGUGUUGGUCGUCUUCCUUCUACGUAAUUUUACGCGGCCACAAUUUAAUCAGCCACCCGAUCCUCGUCAUUCUCCGACUCACCGACAAAAAGAGCACCAGCCAGCUCCAUUAGAUUUCCGGCUCGAGGUCGGUCAGAAGGUUGAAGAAGUCGAGAUGGUCAAAACAACUUUGCCCGUGUCCCUGAAUAUGUCAGAAAAGGCCUUGCAGCCAUACAAGACGAAAACUCAGGUUAGUCCAACACCCAGUCUUGCCGACAGCUCGAGCUCCGGAUGCGAGUCAGCUUUCAGUUUCCCAAAUUCAAAUUGUACAACAACGAGUCGCGAUCCAAGUCCAGUUGAUGGUAACAGAGCUAGGGGCAAAUCGAGCAAGAGUGGUAGCAAGAAACAGCAGAAGAAAAGGAAACAAAGUCUUAAUAAUGUCCUCCCCAACGACAAAGCAUCCAUCUACCACUCGAAAGAUGCCAGGUCAACUAUACACCCCCCAAAAAUUCGCCUCAAAUCUGACAAUUGGGAAUGGCACUCUCGAGCUAAAAUCCUUGCAGCCCAAUUUAUUAAAGAAAACUACCAAACGAGUGGAAUGCGAAGUAGCUUUUAAAAGAAAGGAGCGCAGAAUCAUAAAAAAAGAAUAAGAAUCUGUACAGAGGAAACGAAAAAUUCCAAUGACCCUUACUUUUUUUUUGUACUUUUCUUUUUGAAGAAAAAGGGACAUUUGUUGUAUUUUUCUAGAUUGAUAGUUGAUUGAUUAAAAUGUUGACAGGGAAAAGGCCUAAAUCGGAUAUCCGCAUUUAUUAUUAUUUUUUUUUAGAGAUUGUUAUUCCGGCUCUAGUCGUGACAAUUGGAAAUGAAAAGCAAGCAAAAAAAAUAAUAAUAUCCUUUUCCCCUUCAUUGUAUGAUUCGCGAAAUUUUGCGCUAUUUCGUGUGAUAUUUUUGAUGACUUACUUACUGUACUUUUUCACGCGUUUCUUUAUCCUCCCAUCCGAAUACUUGCCCGUUCCGUUUCGGCUGACUUUUGAGACACAAAGGUAAAAACAAAAACAAAAAAUUUGGAAACCCGGAGCGGAUAAUCUCGUCAUUCUUUAAAAGUGUUAAGGACUCACCGGUAACUAG